AUGUUAGGAUUCUCUGAACUUUUUGAAGAGCCACAAAAGUUUGAGAAAUCAGAGUGUUGUACAGAUUCUUCAAAAGGGGACAUGGAACAUGUGCAAUUACAGAUAGGAAGUUUAGACUUUCGAAAGACAGAAAGGGAAAGAUGCUACAUCAAUAGGAAGAAAUCCUUCUGGAAAGUGCUCAGUAUCAUUUUGCUCGGACUUCUUAUAAUCAGUCUAGGGUGCACUGUCAUAUUUUUCAUGGCAUCCUAUGAGAAUUAUCCCAGUGGCUAUUCUUUAAAGUAUUUGCAUCAGAUUGGUCAUCUUGCUGACAGUUCUGAAGAACAUUGGGUUCACAUUGAUACUUACUCAGCCAUGAACGGGAUAUCCCGCUUUUGUGAAAAUGAUGUCUCAUGGAGAUAUUCCAAAGAAGAAGGCAUCCCUUUGGAAGAAUUUCAUAAGAGAAAUUUCACCUAUCUAUUGAAUGAGCAUUCUUCUGUUGAUGGAUACAAGUGUUUAUUUACUGUGGAUGGUUUCUCAAGGGUUCGUCCCCAAAUGAGUUUUCCACCCUGGUUACUGGUAGGUAAAGAACAGUGUCUCACACAGGUAGUGGCCUAAGAUUAUCAGAUCUGAAAAUUCUCUUUGCGAUUAAUAUCUGCAGAUUAAAGAGCCCAAAGUAUAUGUCCAUGGAAACAUGGAAAACAACGAUGUCAUGCGUAAAAGGUGGCCAGGAUGCUCUUGAUUUUUUAUC